CGCAACUAUGUAAUGAAUGGCUAUCAUCGUUAGGGCCAGAACAUGCAAUUGGCUACUUUAAACAUGUGGAAAAACAUGAAGAAAUAUUCAAAACUGCAGAUAGACUUGCUGAAGAACUGGACAAUGAAAUUAUUGAUAGUGACGAUGGGAGUGACAACAAUGAGUUAGAUGAUGAUGAUCCAAACAGUGAUUGA